AUGGACAUGCAAUCUGGCUCACCUGACUUUAAUCCAAUAGAACACAUGUGGAAUGAGCUACGCGUUAGCAUUUCAGCUCGUCAGCAGCAAUCCAGACCCAACCAGGAGCUUGGAGCCAUGUUUGUCGAGGAAUGGACAGCCAUACCCUUUAGAAUGAUCAGGGUUAGUGGCUUUAAGCAACUUGAGACGGAUCAGCAAAAGUUGAACCUCUUGUUAAAGAAAUUAUUCAAUGCACCAGAUGUCCAGACCAAAAUAGAAAAGCUAGCCUCGGAAUGGAUGAAUGUAAGAGAAGAGCUCAGCAUUAUGUUGUUUAUUAAAUGGCGCGCCGUAAAAAGAAGGAAAUCCAAAUUGCUGUCGAAGAGGAGACCGAAUGCUAACACUUUUGACAAGUUUAAAGCGGCCAUGAUAGAAUUCCGAAAAGACUUAACCAAAUGGGCCGACGAUGUACGGAGAUCGCAAACCAAUAAUCAUGAUGUUGUUGAAAUAUGCAGACAAAAGAAAAAAGAGGACGAAACUAAAAGACAAUUGAUAGGCGUUGAUAUUUCGCAGACAAUGGGAACAAUUAAUUCUUUAAGACUGGAGAUUGAGGCAUGCUACAACGACGCCAACUCUAAGGAAAGCGAUGCAAGACAGCUGAAAAGAAACGCUGAAGAAUCACAUGAAAUGUCAACUAAGCAUGCAAUGGUAGCAACUGUAGGAAGCGGCAUUGGACUUCUGACCGGAUUGGCAUUAGCACCUUUUACAGGAGGAUCAAGCAUUGCUUUUGCAUUAGGAGCUGCAGGAGCGAACACCGUUGUUCACGGCACAGCAGCUUGUUUGCAUGAAAGCAGUGCAAAUAGCAGCGAAAUAUCAGCAAAAAGGAAACAUGAACAGGCGCGCGAUCUUCGGAUGCAAAUAGGAGAACAUGAAAGUGAUAUUUAUAGAAAAGAAUGGGAAGUGACAGAGUUGAAAAACCGUGAAGAUGACCUUGAAGAAACAAUAAGUAUCAUUCGUGAUGUUGAAUCUAUAUUCUACAAGUUUAUUGACUACAUAGAGGAGCGAUUAAUCAACAUCCAGAAUGUUGAAACGGUGUUACGUGAGAUAGAGCUCAAUGGAAAUAUGCUAAGUAUCAUUCUUUGUGCAUGGGAAAGGGAUCGAAAAAAAGGAUUUUUUCGAAAACUGUUUGGUUGGAAACCCAAGUAUUUGAAUGAAGAAGAAGAAGAUUUGAAAUUGAAAAUAAAGGAGAAAUGGGAAAUUGUUGAAAGAAGCAUGUUACCUUCUGUCGAAAUGCAAAGCGUGCCUGGAGCAAUACAUCUACAACUGAUGUGAAGGAGAAUGUUCUACAUAAUAUGGAUCAAUUCAUUUACAUACAAA